UUUUCCUAGAAAUUGAACCAUAUUUAUGAAAUAAUCAAUUAACUCGGAUUGCAAAGGUAGCUGGGAAUACAUUUUACACAAAAUGACACUCAGGCCUGUGAUCGUAGAUGUGGUUAUAUCUGUAGUGAGGAUUGGAAUAUGUAGCACAAUAGGUAUAAGUGUAAUGCUCCUGAUACGGUGGAUUCUCGUGGUCCUGGUGGAACAGAUUCAAUACAGGUUCUUUCCUGGUUCAAUAUCUAGGCCUGUCAAGAGCUCGAAAAAGAAAGCUAAAUUCCGUUACAAAAAUGAGGCGAAAAUAUUAGAUGUAUCAGAGCUAUGUAACAAAUACGAAGAGAUUUUAUACACAGAUGUCCAUGCGGAUAGAUGCGGGUGUCUUUUCUAUAAGAGUGGGAAAUAUUUCACCCAGACAUUCCCAAAGACUAUUGGUAGCUGGUUAUGUAAGAGACUCGCCCCAGAGGAUAAAGAAAUUGCAGCCAUUACAUCAGCCCUUGUCUGCAUCACUUCGAAGCAAAUAGAAAUCAUCAAGGUUCCCGAUGAUGCCAUCAAUGAAGGCAAUCAACACAAUAUCAUCAAUAUCAGUAAAAGCUCACAUAAGCUGAAGAGUAUAUGUAUUGUUUGUCACCACAAGAGCAUCUCUCGUUUGUUAAACAGUAAAAACAGGAGCGAUGACAAUGAUGAGUUCAUUGAUGAUUGUAUGCGAGUUGUAGAUGAUAUAAAAACAAAGAUCAAAAUCAAAGCUGAAUGGAGACUGAAAGAAGAAAACCCAAUAACAGGAAAACUUGCUCAAUCUUCAAAUAAUCAAUUUACGAACGAGAACGCACUGAUAAAUCUUAAGGAAAACAUAAGCGACGAAGUGGACCUGAGUAGUAUACUACAGUUUUCCCAGAAAGGAUUGACACAUAAACGGUUGUCCACACUUCCCAAUAAGAUGUUCAAUACAUUCCUAGAUAAAUUACCACAACUUCCAAGUGAUUCUGAUUGAUAAAGGAUCUAUGUUUAGCCGAGUGAUAAAUAACUUUUAUUUAGCCUCUUUUUCAGCUAUUUUUUAACUCUUUUCCCCGAGUGCAAACUAGAUGAUGAGCAGGUUAUCAUGUAAAUGUCCGUCCGAUGAACCAUCCCAUAUAGAUGUGAUAUGUUGUAUACGAUGUAAGAAUAAAGCUAUA